AUGGAUGCCCUGACGUCGUAAUUUUUCCGUCACCUCUACUCGACCCAUAUUACCUUGCAGCAAGCACUCGACGAAGCGCGUUGGAAAACGUGUUACACAAAUAUGUCACACAUGCGUAGCCACAAGAACAUCUCAGGCGUAAACCUGAGGAGCGUUUGUGGCUUAAGGCAGUGCUCCCGAACCAGCUACAGCCCCGGUUUCAGGGUCACCCUCAGCCCGCUUCGCCAGCUAUAAAUCUUGACUUGCUGUCAGCCGUGCUCAUGUCUGCCAGUCAGGCGUCUAACGAUGCGUAGCCAUUCGAUAACGUGUUUAGGCCCCCACCGAGUCGUGCGUCUCAGCCUUACUGCUAAAGGCCCCUACACCAAUUUCGAUAUGAGAUGGCGUUCGCUUUCUGAAGCCGGGUUUCCUGAUAUAUGGAGAUCACAUUCUGAGGCUUGGAUCUCUCUCUCUCACCCUCGACUUCUCCUCUUGUACAAGGCAACGAAAACGGCAUUGGGAAUGGAAAUGCUCAUGGAGCGCCGUCAUCGCGCCCGCGACACUACAUCGGACUUUGUGAACGACAAAUACUACCGCUUCGCCAACGCCCUCAACUCCAGUAACACUAUCAGUGCUGGCGUACUAAAAAGCUCAGAUGGCGCAAUCAACAUGACAAUAAUAGAAAACUUCUCGUCCUCGGAGAACUGGCAGCUGUACCUCCAAAACGGCCGCUACUUCAUUCGCAACUACGACUACGGUUCUGGGUUUCAGCUCGGACUCCAGGAAUCGAGUAAAGACGUGCCACGGCUGUACCCGCGCAGUGGAGCGCUGGCGCAGCAGUGGACGAUUGCGAAGUCAGGGGAUGGAGCGGGGUGGACGUUGAGUAAUGGGCUGCGGGAGGAUGGCAGUCUGUUGGCGUUGAACGCGACGGUUGGGCCACCGAGUAUGCAGGUCGGCGACGAGGGUUCGGUGUGGGGUAUCGAGAUCAACGAUAGUGCCGGAAGUCCAAAGGGCGCAGAUUUCUACGCAGAUGUGGAUGGAUUCAUCACCCCCACUGCGUCGUCUACACCCGUAUCCAGUACUCCCGCCAGUGUGACGGCGACAUCCAGUCCCUCAUCCUCGGCUUCCUCACUACCAGCUUCUUCAUCCUCAGCUUCCCCCUCACCAGCUUCCUCGUCAUCUCUGAGCACAGGCGCCAUCGCCGGGAUAGCAGUCGGCGCCGCCCUUCUAGCCAUAUGCGGAUUCUUAGUCUUCUUCUUCCUGCGGAGACGGAAGAGAAAGACUGCCAAAGACUCUGCUUACGCGCAUCCUCCCUUGAAUUCUGCCUACACACAACCUGCCAUGGGUACCGCCUACACAGACCACACAGGCGCACCAGGCGCACGAGAAAAGGUCACGUACGGGUACCAUGAAGCGGAUGCUGUUGAAAGUCCAAGACACGAGUUAUCUGUUGGGGAGUCGGAGGCUAAACAAAUGCAUAGGGCGGAGUUAACUUGAGGUUUGCUAGGUGCGUGUGGUGAGAA